GGGAUUUAGGCGGUUAAACAGUAAAGAAAAGUCAUCAUCUUAGAGCACGCGACCACAACGCGACGUGCUGCGACACGCCCAGGUUCCGUCUCCAUACGACAUCGCGUCGCUUUACGUAAGUCAGGCGCUCCGGUUUCCUGGCGGAGAAGAUGGCGGCUCCUGGACCGGGGGAGUAUUUCAGCGUCGGGAGCCAUGUCUCUUGCCUCACCUGCUUGGGCCAACGUGUACAAGGAGAAGUGGUCGCCUUUGACUACCAGUCCAAGAUGUUAACUCUGAAAUGUGCUUCCUCCAGCGGUAAGCCGAACCUAAACGACGUCAUUCUGAUCAACUUAGCCUAUGUAUCUGAUGUGGACAUAAUAAAUGACCGCACCGAGACUCCACCCCCACUAGCAUCACUGAAUGUUAGCAAGCUUGCCAAUCGAGCACGGACAGAAAAGGAGGACAAGCUGUCCCAAGCCUAUGCAAUCAGUGCUGGGGUUUCUGUGGAGGGCCAACAGCUAUUCCAGACUAUUCACAAAACCAUCAAAGACUGUAAAUGGCAGGAGAAGAACAUUAUUGUGAUGGACGAUGUCGUAAUCUCGCCGCCUUACCAGGCUGAGAACUGCAAAGGCAAAGAGGGAAGCGCUUUAAGUCAUGUACGCAAAAUAGUUGAGAAACAUUUUAGAGACGUGGAAAGUCAGAAGUCCAUGCAGCGUUCACAAGCACAGCAAACACAGAAGGACUCCACUUUAUCUUCUUGAGUUGGCAGUGCGGGUCGGCUGGGGAAGACGACGCGGGUGGUUCUGUUCCCACUGCCAGACUAAGUCGGCAUUCCUUGUCCUCAGUCCGAGACCACAAGGAGGAGCUCUGAGGGCCCUGGAUCCAGAAGAUCAAAAUACCAAUAAAUGAAAAAGACAAAAAAGAAAGAGGAAAGAUAAAAUCUUAAAUUAGACUUUAUAAAAAAUAAUUUAAACAUGAACCAUAAAGCAACCAUAGUUUCCUUAACUAACUGCCCCUUCUCCUCCCCUCCUCUCCCCGAAGCCUUUUCUUUUUCCGCCCUCCUUCCUUUGCCUUCAGUUCCAUUUCAAAAUAAGAAAACUAGAGCAGUCAGAAAGGCCUGUUAGCUUUAUUUUCUGUCAUUUUCUUUCUUUUUUUUUUGCUGUAUCCAUGUUCUACUGUCUGUAUUUUCUGUAUUUUAAACAAAAUGUGACUUGAAAUGCCACACUUUAACGGACAUUUUCUAAAAUAAAAGUAACAUAAAUUCUGACUGUAA